GAUUCGAUUGGCCUUUCGCUUUCUGAAAAUCUGAGAAUGGCAAAUUGUGUUACACGAUUUGACAAUAUAUUAGCAAAUGCAAGAAAAGCCGUUUCUUUUCCUGUAGAGGAAUUGACUCAUUUUAUAAAUGAUGGACCUGAAAAUACAGUUCGUCGUCGAUGGCUUCGCUCCUUAGUCGACCCUCAAAAUGACCCAAUAUUUUCUAAUGUUGAUCGACCAUUUCUCUCAAGGGAUCAAUACUAUAUUCGAAUGGUAAAAAGAUUGAAAAAAAUGUUGCAACUGAAAAAGUUAUAUAAUCUUCAAAAAGAUGAUUGGAUUUAUUUGAUUACUUCUACAUCGGACAUGAGCAUUUCUGUUCUGCAUGAGUUUUUUUUUAUUCCAACCUUGGAAAAACAAAUGUCUGAAGAACAAAGCUCUAAAUGGCUUUCUUUGGCUAAGGAUUAUUCAAUUCUCGGAUGCUAUCUUCAAACCGAAUUGGGUCAUGGUUCUAAUGUAAAAAAAUUAGAAACAACAGCUACAUACAUCCAUGAAACAGAUGAAUUUGAAAUCCAUUCACCAACGUUGCCAUCAAUAAAAUGGUGGCCUGGUGCACUUGCGCGGACGAGCACCCAUGGUAUAGUGUUUGCACGUCUAAUUAUUGAUAAAAAGGAUUAUGGCAUUCAUUCAUUUAUUGUGCAAUUGCGUGGUGAAAGACAUGAGCCCAUGCCGGGUAUUGAAAUUGGAGAUAUUGGACCAAAAUAUGGAUAUAAUUAUAAUGACAAUGUCCGUAUUCCACGUGAGAACAUGUUGAUGCGUUUUUCUAAAGUUUCUCAAAGUGGUCACUACUCUACACCGCCUCAUGCAAAAAUCAUAUAUGACACAUUGGUAUCAAAUAGGAUAGGUCUUGUAGAUUUCUCUACGUUAUUUUUAUCAAAAGUUUUAACUAUUGCAAUUCGAUAUUCGUUAGUAAGAAAACAGGGAGACAACUAUAAAGAUCUAAACAACGAAAAUUUGAUCUUGGAUUAUCAAUACCAGCAAUAUAGACUGUUUUCUAGCUUAGCGCUUGUAUAUGCUACGUUUUUUAAUAAAAUAUACAUGCGAAAUCUGUACGAAAAUUAUAUAAAAAAUAUUGGAAAAACGGAUGGUAAUUUAAUGGCAGAGGUUCAUUCUAUUACUGCGGGAUUAAAAGCUCUAUGCACAGAAUUGGUCAAUGGAGCUAUAGAGGAUGCAAGACAAAGUUGUGGAGGUAUC